AUGAGGUUUUGGAGAGAAGAAAAGUUAGGGAAGAAGAGGAUCAACGGCGGGGGAGGAAGAAGAAUCGUUAAGGCCAACGACGGAGCAAGGCACAACCAAGUGAGUGGCGGUGCACGGUACAGCCAGAGACAAAGGGCGGCGACGGCUGUUGAGAAUCGUGGUGGUGGAAGCGCCAGUGGGUGGCAGAGUAAGGCUGUUCGCGGCGGGAACAGGCAGGGCAGGGCAGGGGGAACAACAGUUUCAGUAAAAGAUGGUGGAAAACGAGAGAGACAUGUACCGAUUAAACGGUUUAAAAUGCUUAGAAAUGUUGAGCCAAUUCGAUGUGUUAGGAGCAUUCGUAGGCAACAGAAGAUGAUAAUGCAUGACCGUAUAAUGUCGUCGUAUCUAGAUAGUAUCGGAUUACUACAUAACAAGUUCAAAGUCAUGUCAGCUCAUGCAUCAAAGGUCACGGUACAGACCUUGAUGGACUCAACAAGUAUACCUGGGUUUUGGCCACUCUGUCCUGGUUGUAUAGCAAUUUAUGCAAGUCCCGUUCCUAGCAUAAGGGAAGAAGUUUGGAGGGUUUUGACAGAUUUUUUCAGAAAUUAUUCAGGUCCUUUAUUAGCUAUUGAGGAUUUUAAUGAGAUCCUUCUUUCAUCUGAGGUUAAAGGUGGAAACUUUGUCUCUCGAAGGGCAGAGCGGUUUGGAGCUCUCCUAGAUGAGUGUGGUUUGAUUGAUUUGGGAGUUCAUGGAUCUUUGUACACUUGGUUCAGACAUAUGCAGGGUAAUCGGUUCCUCUCGAAGAGGCUGGAUAGGGGUGUGUCUACUGAUGUUUGGUGUUUUCGUUUUUCGGAAAGCUAUGUGGAGAAUUUGGCGAGGAUGCAUUCUGACCACUGUCCCAUUAUGGUGCGAUGUCAAGGUAAUGAUAGAAGAGUCGGGGUAAAACCUUUUCAUUUUCAAGUAGUUUGGUCUUAUCACCCAAGUUUUUCGUCGGUGGUCAGGGGUGCUUGGGACAAGGGUAGACCCAAUCCUAUUCGUUGCCUUUCUCAGGUCAGAGAUGAUGCUUUGGCCUUUAACCGAGAUGUCUUUGGGAAUAUUUUUAAAAGAAAGAGGGAAUUGGAGAGGCGUGUGACCAGUAUCCAACAGAGAAUGAAGAGAGUUGAUGCUUUAUCCCUUAUACAGGAAGAAAGGGAGUUACAGUCUGAAUAUAGUAAUCUGCUUACGCAAGAGGAGUUGUUUUGGAAACGUAACAAGGUUCAGGGGUUGUUUUUGGAGGAUGGAAGAUGGAGUACUGAUUCGCAAGAACUCGAAGAAUGUGCAAUUGGAUUUUAUAGAGAUCUUUUUUGUAAUGUGGAACAGGAUUUUUUCUUCAAGAAAUACUGGGAAGUGGUUGGUACAGAGGUAUGGGAGCUUGUUAAGAAGGCUUUCGCUUGGUUUGAUCUGGAUAGUGCUCUGUUUGAUACUUUGGUGGUGCUGAUUCCUAAAGUUGAUAACCCGUCUCGCAUGAAAGAGUUUCGUCCUAUCAACCUCUAUAAUGUCAUCUACAAGAUUAUAACUAAGGUGGUUGUGGAGAGGUUACGACCUUUUCUACAAGAUAUCAUUGGCCCUCUACGGGGAGGGUUUAUUCCUGGAAGGGGUACCCCAGACAAUAUCAUUGUAGCCCAGGAAGUUCUCCAUUUUAUGAAGAAAACCAAAUCAAAGAAAGGUGUUCUUGCUUUUAAAAUUGACCUAGAAAAAGCUUAUGACAGUGUGAGCUGGGAGUUUUUGGAGCAAUCUCUCCUAAUGUUUGGCUUUCCAGGUACUAUUGUUUCUCUUAUUAUGAAAUGUGUAAAGUCUUCCUCCCUUUCUCUAAUGUGGAAUGAUAACCGGUUGGAUGGUUUUCAGCCAAAAAGGGGUUUGAGGCAAGGAGACCUGAUGUCUCCUUAUUUAUUUGUUAUUUGUAUGGAGAGGUUGAGUUGCCUCAUUGCUAGGCAAGUGGAGGUUGGUAGAUGGAAACCAGUGACUGUGUCUAGGGGAGGUCCUGUAAUCUCUCAUCUCCUUUUUGCAGAUGACCUUAUCCUUUUUUGCAAAGCGAAGAAAUCUCAAGUGCUUCAUGUUUUGGACACUUUGGCCACCUUUUGCAGAGCAUCUAGUAUGAAGGUGAAUUUUGACAAAUCUCGUGCUAUCUGUUCUAUGAAUGUUUCUAGACAACACAAGGAUCUCUUCACUGGUAUUUCUUCUAUCCGAUUUGCUAAUUCUCUGGGAAAAUACCUUGGUGUCCCCCUCAAGCAUGGCAGAGUUACUAAAGCUGAUUUUCAUGAUGUGGUUGAUAAGCAUACUAAUAGGCUAGCAUCUUGGAAAGGUCGCUUCCUUAAUAAAGCUGGUCAGAUUUGCCUUACUAAAUCAGUUUUAUCUUCUAUACCUAUUUAUAGGAUGCUAGUAAGCCUUUUUCCAUCAGUAGGAGUAAGGGUUGAAUUUCUUGAUAUAUGUGAGGCUGCUUUGACCAUUGAAGAUGUUUACCGUGAUGGAGUUUGGCAUUUGGAGAGGAUUUACUCUUUUAUUCCUAGGGACUUAAGGGAAGACAUUCUUAGUUUAGUACAUAUUUCGGCUUCUGGUCGUGAUUUGGGUUGGAGUUGGGAGCACACUCUUUACUCUGCUAAACAAGGAUAUUUAUGGUUAAUUCAGAAUAAGUUGAAUUGGGAUAGGAAUAUCAAUUGGCUUUGGUUUUGGAAGGCACGAGUCCCUGAAAAGUUGAGGCUCCUAGUGUGGCUUUGCCUUCAUGAUGCUGUACCAACUCAAUAUCUGCGUUUUCGGCGACAUCUCUCCUCCUCAUCCUUAUAUUGCGCAGCAGCUUUUGAGCUAGUGACUGGUUGGCAAGUUCCACUCUGGCAUCUUGAAAAAGAAGUGAUACAACUGAUCUUUGACUUGAAGUUAAGAAGGGAUUGGGAUAUUCGUUUUGAGCUUAUCCCGAGAGAAGCUAAUGUCGUGGCAGAUCGGUUGGUAAAGAUGGGAUCUGGAGGUAGCGAAACUGAUGAGGUUAACCUUUGGCACCAGCCACCAGAGGUGGCGUGUCCUCUCUUACUGUUAAGAACCUGA